CGAUAUUGCUCUUUAUUAGAACCCCGGAACGAAUUGUUUCGUUGUUCCGGAAUGACUGAACGGAAAUAUUGUUUCCACGCAGUGUAGUACUUACCACAAGCCCGAUUCCCUUGAAAAUGGUAGCAAAAUCAAUUCUGACCCAUUUUGGCUCUAUGAUACAUGAACUUCCAUUGCUUACAUGUUAUCCAUUGCUUCUUAAGCCCGUUCGCUGGAGUAAACACUCUGCCACAUUAUUAUAGCACGAACAAAAGUGACGAUAACGCUGACCGAACACCUUGUACCUUGUAACAUCGUUUUGGCUGGGCAACGAACGCAACAGCAUGAGCAUGAGGCAGAAGAAACGAAUCGCGCAGAAGGUGCGUCUCUGCGUACAAUACACUCCGCUGAAUGGGGAGGCAGCAAAACAAAACAAAAAAAGGCGGGAGUUUGCACGGGAGCCACUUCGGGCAUUCUUUCGGGCGUUCGUUCUUUCUUUACGUUGCCGUGAUUUAUAAAAGAAGAUCAUCUGGGCGCCAAACGAGUUAGUCCAUUGAAGAACGUGUUCCGCGCAGUGUCUAUCGAUCGUCUUUCGGUGGUGGUCCGGGUUCUCGUGUGGUUCUCUGGAAACUUGUUUGUGCUUGCUGUGUGUGUGUGAGAAGAGUGUGAUGAAUAUCGGGCGGUAAUAAUGUGCUGUGAUUAGGGUAGAUUAGUUCAGCAGACAGAGAACGAUUAUUUUUGUGUGAUUUUUGUGAUCGUGGUCAUUGAUCUCAACCCUUACAUCCGCACCACGCGUUAACGAGCGAGCGCCAUGUGGUCGAGCCAGAAAUCGUUGGUUAUCCGUACCUUUGUAGCUAGUGUAGUUGGUAUGUUGUGUCAUGCAACAGUUAAUGGUCAGUUUUAUAGCUUAAGCUUCGGUACGGAUGAAAGCUACAACACGGCUCCGGUACACGCCGGAGCUCCCAGUGGACCCACCCAGCACCAGCACGAGAUUCGCCAUAAGGUGACCCCCCUCGAGGCGAUGAUCGACAAGACGAAUCAUCUCGGGUUUCGGGUGCUUCACCAGCACUCGAAAGGCAAUCGGAACAAUAUUGCGUUCUCACCGUGCUCCUUGGCCAGCAUACUUGUAGCCCUGUACGAGGGAGCGACUGGCAAUAGUGCGGCGGAGCUACACGGCCAGCUGGUAGCGCCGUACGAUAAGGAUGUGCUACGCGUUGGAUACCGGGAUAUUCACCGUCGACUGCGCAGCUAUUUCUAUCAGAAAGAAAACCUUUUGAAUGGGCUGAGCUUGAGCAGUGAAAAUAUUACCAUUAGACCGGAAUAUGAGUCGGUGCUUAAAUUUUAUGGAUACGAUUUGGAAAACAUACCGGAAAUGCGAACGCUAACAACUACCACCCCGAUGCCGGCCACCACACUUGAAAUGGAGUUGGAAGAAACGACGAGCGAUGCAACGACUGAAAUGGGAAAUUCAACCGAACCGGUAGAACUGUCGACGACCGUCGGAACGAUGCCUGACGAGCCUGCCACGGGCAGUACAGUCGAUUCUGUAACGACAACGGAAGCAUCCCAGACGACGAGCGAUACAGGCGGCGAUAUGGAUAUAACCACUACCAUGGUUUCGUCCGAGCCAGCGGAGGAAACCACCACGGAAGCGACGGAAGAAACUUCCGAACCUCCGACGACGGAUGGCGAGGAACCGGUGACGGAGGAGACGGGUGGUGAGAAGCGGCGACGAAACCUGCGAAAGCGUGGACAGCGUUUGCUUCAGCGUCGCCAUCCGGACUCACCGCAGCGGAGACGAUCCGUGCGCCAGAAGCGGCAGCCGGAAGAGAUCGACAUCAUCAGCCACCAACGGUUCCUGCAGAACUUCCUGCUGCAGGACGUAACGACCAACCCUUCGCCAGCGCUGCUUGCCACGGCCGGGUUUCCACCCGCGGUGGACAACACGGUCCGGAAGAACCCCUUCCUGCAGCAGCCCGAUGCGUACCGGCUGCUGGACGAUACGAUCGAGCAUAACUUCUACCUAACCGAGACGGACAUCGUGAAGGUGCCGUACAAGGUGUACAACACGAUCCUCAAGUACGCUUACAUCGAGCGGCUCCAGUCGACCGUUAUUGAGCUGGAGCUCGAUUCGGAAGAUUACAAGCUGCUGAUCAUACUGCCCGACUACGAGUUUGGGCUGGGCAAUGUGCUGAAGCUGCUGCAGAUAGGCGACAAUGUGCCGAGCCUGCGGGAAGUGACGGAGCAGAUGAGCCCGACCUGGGUGAAAACGAUCGUGCCGAAGUUCAACCUGAAGGGCAACAUCAUCCUGACGAGCGAUUUGCAAAAUCUCGGCAUCAACGACAUUUUCGAACCGUCCCGGGCCGACUUCUCCCUGAUGACCGAAGAUCCGACGAUCUACGCGAAGCACAUUGAACAAUCGAUCAACGUUAACAUCCGGACGCAUUCGCUGCAGCAGCUAAAGCGGUUUACGUCGCUUUACAAAAAUCCGGUCGAGCUUGCCGUCAACUAUCCAUUUUUGUUCUGCAUUCUCGAUAACGAGCUUGACCUGGCACUGAUGGUUGGCAGAAUAUUGAACCCGCUGAAUGCACGUAUACACUAACGCAAAAGCAUGUGGAAUAUGUUACGCAGCACCGUAAGAACCAUUCCACAUAGCACAAAGUGCCUGCCGACGUUUUACAAUAAAGCUUCAAGCAUGAAAGUGUUGUUAGCUUUCUUCUCACACAAUGCGCUCGACUGGUGGACGCAUUGUGCUCUUUAUUUUCUUACCGUUUCCUAACUUUACUAGCAUUUUCUAACAUUCCUUCUUCAACAAAUUGCCCGCCGGCAUACAAUCGGGCUUUACAUCGCUACGUUUGCAACUCUGUUGCCUCUCCUACAUCAACUGAUCACAUACAACCGAUCAUACCUACAUACAUAUAUUACAGCUCUACUGUGUAUACUUUUACAUGCGCACGCCUCAUCCGGAAGCUUGAUAAAAAGCAACAACAAAAAAACGAUAUAAUUAUGAAGUACAAUUUGUGUGCUGCCUUCUUCUGCUUGUAGCAACUACUGCUAUACACCGUUCAAUUUGCUACCUAAAUUAUUUGUCUCAAGUUCGUUGAUGUAUGGUUGCAGGAAACAUUUCGCAAGACGGAUGCCUACAGCGCGUCACAGCAAGCAACACGAUCAUUAUGAUUUUUCGCAGUGUUACACUUUGAUCCUGUGUUUCCUAUUUGGUAUUGUUUGUGGUAGUGCGUCGCGCUACUGGAAGACUUGUUAUCUUUGUUCUCCUUCUUUUCACAUAUCCACUUUUUGUCUCAGUGUCUGUGCACUGUUCCCAUUUUGUAACUGGCCGGUAUUCGUUUACCGAUUCAUUAAGUCGCCGAAACCAUUCAAAAGUGUAGCGUAAUGGCGCGUGACACUUCUUGUGCCUUGUACCUGGUACACCCGUGCAUGCACUCAUAACUGUACCUGCGUGUACCAAUAUUGUGCAUCAAUACCGCACCCCGAAGAUACGCUCUCGUACCUCGACAUAGCCACAGUUGGAUGGGGUAGGUGGGAUAAGGAAAGCUGGUGCGCAUAGGGGAGAGGGGCCGUUAGGGGUGGCUUACAUCCUGCUUAGCGGUCGUAGGAAUGUCCACCCUGCUCGAAUGCUGUUGUCUCACCGUGGCGUCAAUCUAUCGUAUGC